AGAAGCGUGAUUGAUUGAUUGGACCACCCAGUACUGCCUAGCGCUAAAAUGUUACGAACAAUCAUUGUACGAAACGAGAAUCUCCUGCUGCAAGGAUCGAUCCGAAAGAUACUGAAAGGCACUGCCGUCCGCUCGCUCAGCAGCGAGUGUGCCAAACGAUCAGCUGCCGACCACCGCAGAAAUUCGCACACCCUCUCGAACGGCCGCAACAAUCUUAAGCAGGUUACAUGGAGAACGAAUCUGGUUCGUGGAUACUGCAGCGGGUUUCCGGCACACUCGAAGGUCCUGCUGCCGGCACUGUCCCCCACGAUGGAGCUGGGCACCAUCGUUAGCUGGGAAAAGAAGGAAGGCGACAAGCUGAAUGAAGGUGAUUUGCUGGCGGAAAUUGAAACCGACAAAGCGACAAUGGGCUUCGAAACACCCGAGGAAGGUUAUCUGGCAAAGAUUCUCGUCCCUGCCGGUCAGAAAGACGUCCCCAUCGGCAAGCUGGUGUGUAUUAUCGUAGAAAACGAAGCCGAUGUGGCUGCGUUCAAGGAUUACAAGGAUACGGGUGCUGCUCCGUCCGCACCGGCCGCUGCUCCAGCACCACCUGCACCUGCUGCCGCCCCACCGGCACCAAUCCCACCGCCGGUGUCUGCCCCACCACCUCCACCAGUCGCAGCCGCACCGCAACCGAUGACGGCGGUGGAACAGCGUGGACCACGCGUCUACGCUAGCCCGAUGGCGAAAAAGCUUGCCGAACAGCAACGUCUGCGGCUGGAAGGCAAAGGCUCCGGAUUGUUUGGUUCACUAACGUCUAAGGAUCUUGCAGGUAUGCAAGCGGACGGCCCAGCAGCAGCAGCCGGUGCUCCACCACCAGCGGCACACACCAUCCCUGCCGGUGCGGCGUACGUCGACAUCCCGGUCUCAAACAUCCGAGGUGUGAUUGCGAAGCGACUGCUCGAAUCGAAAACUACCAUACCGCACUACUAUCUUACGGUCGAUGUAAAUAUGGAUCAGGUGACGAAGCUGCGGGCACGCUUCAACAAACAGCUCGAAAAGGAAGGCGUGAAGCUGUCGAUUAAUGAUUUCAUCAUCAAAGCGGCAGCCAUGGCGUGUAAAAAGGUACCGGAAGCGAACUCCGCCUGGAUGAACACGGUCAUCCGACAGUUUGACGCGGUGGACGUGUCCGUGGCGGUGUCGACCGAUCGGGGUUUGAUUACACCGAUUGUGUUUGCGGCCGACCGGAAGGGCAUUGCCGAUAUUAGCAAGGAUGUGAAGAAUCUGGCGGCAAAGGCGCGCGAGGGCAAGCUGCAGCCGCAGGAGUUCCAGGGUGGCACGUUUAGCGUGUCGAACCUGGGCAUGUUUGGCGUGACCCAUUUCUGCGCCAUCAUCAAUCCACCACAGUCGUGCAUACUGGCGGUCGGUGGCACUCAGAAGCGUCUCGUACCUGACAAGGACUCGGAAGCUGGCUUCAAGGAAAGUGACUAUGUCGCGGUAACGCUUAGCUGUGACCAUCGUACGGUCGAUGGUGCUGUCGGUGCACGCUGGCUGCAGUACUUCCGCCAGUUCCUGGAGGAUCCUAAUUCAAUGCUGCUGUAAAUUGGGAGGAGUUGCGCUGUAAAAAAAAGUCUUCUUCGAGUGGCCCUGUUGCUGAAAUCCGAAUCGAAAGUCCAACUCUAGCGGGGGGAGGGAUAACUAUUAUAAUGGAAAGAGUAGAAAUAUUAAAUAGUAGUAGUAGCAGCAGCUGCAUAACGAAGGGUGUUAACACAGUAUGGGAGA